AUGGAACUCUACGGAGAAUUGGCUAUGAAAGGCUCAAGGAAAUAUCCUUUUGAUCCCUUCAUCUGUUACUGCCCUCUAUUCGAUAAUGGCCGACCGUCUGUUGUUGAGGCAUAUAUCCGUUCUCCACCCUCGCCGCCCACGCUAAAGACUCCCCUCAGACGCGCAGAGUUCGUUCAAGAGACCAGCUUGACCGGAGCUAGUUGGUCUUUCGCCCAGUCCUUUACACGUUGUUCCUCAUCGGGAGAGCGGAAAGAGGGUCAAACUUACUAUAUACAGGUCAUGGAAGUACGGCUGAUGAUGGGUUGA